GCUAUCACUAUGGCAACACCAAUCGAGUGAAAGUCGAACUGCGCGCAACGUCAACACUAAUCCCUUGACCCGACGGUCCGUCAUCUCUUCUCAUGAGUGCAAUUAAAAGCGAAAAUAAUAUAAUAAUCGCAUAAUUAUUAUUAUUAUGGCCGAUGUGUUAAGUUCUGCUGGCUCAAACGAAGUCAUCGACAUGGACAUUGAGGAAAUUAUACCGAAAAACCCCGAAACUCUGGCAGAGGCCAAAAAAGAAACUGGAAAUGAACUAUACAAAGUGAAAAAUUAUCGUGGAGCCCUGCCCUUGUAUACAGAAGCCAUCGCCCUUUGCCCAGAUGUCCCAUCUUACUAUGGAAACAGAGCCGCCUGCUACAUUAUGCUUUCGCAAUACAAAAACGCUUUGGAAGACGCAAGAAAAGCCGUUUUGCUCGACCCAAAUUUUGUUAAAGGAUAUAUUCGCAUUGCUAAAUGUUGCGUCUCAUUAGGAGAUUUGGCAGGACUCGACCAAGCAAUCACAAAAGUGAAGGAACUUGAACCGAACUCGACGGCCCUUUCGCAGGAGGAAAACACGUUGACGGCCCUGCGACAACAGGAGGAGGAGUAUGAAAAGACUUUCAGCAAAGGAGACUUUAGGAGUGCACUUUAUUAUGUGGAUAGGGCACUCGAUUACACACCUACAUGUCACAGGUACAAAAUCCGAAAAGCUGAAUGCCUCGCCCUCCUCGGCCGCUACCAAGAGUCCCAAGAAAUCGCAAACGACAUCCUCAUGUUCGACAAAUCCAACGCCGAUGCCAUCUUCGUGCGCGGAAUGUGUUUAUACUACCAGGACAACAUCGAUCACGCCUUCAAACACUUUCAACACGUUUUAAAACUGGCACCAGACCACGCCAAGGCCAUGGAUAUUUAUAAAAAGGCUCGUUUGCUAAAACAGAAAAAACAGGACGGCAACGACGCCUUCAAAGCUGGUAAACUACAAGACGCCUACACUCUGUACACCGAGGCUUUGGAGAUCGAUCCCCAAAACAUCGCCUUAAAUUCGAAGUUGUACUUCAACAGGGCCACGGUGUUAUCUAGGCAGAAUAAAAUUGCAGAGGCCAUCGUCGAUUGUACCUCAGCCCUUAAAUUGGAUGAAAAUUAUCUAAAAGCUCUGUUGAGAAGGGCCAAAUGUUACGGCGACUUGGGCGAUUGGGAGGAGGCCGUCAAGGAUUAUGAAAAGGCGCACAAAAUGGAUAAAUCUAGGGAAAACAGACGGUUGCUCCAAGAUGCUAAACUGGCAUUGAAGAAGAGCAAACGAAAAGACUAUUAUAAGAUAUUGGGCAUCGAGAAAAAUGCGACGGAUGAUGAGAUUAAGAAAGCUUACAGAAAACGAGCCCUAGUCCACCACCCCGACCGGCACGCGAGCGCCUCCGACGCCGAGCGCAAGGAGCAGGAGAAAAAGUUCAAGGAAGUAGGAGAGGCCUACAGCAUAUUGACGGACCCCAAAAAGAGGGUCAGGUACGACAAUGUUCUCAAAAAUGGUUUGCCAAAUUGGAAGUCUGCCAUGUAUUAUUACAGGAGAGUACGUAAAAUGGGACUUCUGGAAAUGGUUGUGAUUUUAUUUGUUUUAAUAACAGUCGGACAAUACAUUGUAGCCUGGGCAGCGUUUGCCGAAAAGAAACAUAGUGCAGAAAAGUUAAUGAUGUCCCGUCUCAAGAAGACUCAAAAAAAGAUGAAUAAGUCGGAUAAUGUGAAUAUGUUUGAUGAUAUUCCCAAGCCAAGUGUCUUCGAUACAUUGCCAUUCCAAAUUGUGAAAUUGAUUUGGAAUUUACCUAGUAUAAUAAAAAAUAUUAAAUAUGAAUUAGAUGAGAGGAAGAGGCUGAAAGAAGAGGAAAUUUUAAGAGAGCAGCAAGAGCAAGAAGAAUUAGAAAGAGCUCGUGAGCAAUACGAGAGACAAAAAGAAAGCCGAGCAGCAACAAGGAGAAAGCGGCAGCAGCAAUUCAAGCCACCAGAGAUGAGCGAUGAAGACUAUCAAAAAUUGCAGCAACAAAACAACGAUACGAGCAGCAAAAAUAGAAACAAACCAAUGAUGAGACCUAUUAUAUCAGGCGGUCUCUGGACAGACGAUGAUUUAGCCGAAUUGAUAAGGCUUGUUAAAAAGUAUCCUGGGGGCACCCCUGAGCGAUGGGAGAGGAUAGCCGAAGCCAUGAAUAGACCAGUACCUGAAGUGACACACAUGGCAGCUAAAAUGAAAGAAAACUUCUACCGUGUCGGAAAUCAAGAAGAGACUCCGCAAACAACAGUCGAUAUAUUGCCUGAGGUUCCCAAAAAGGUGAAAACAAAAGGAGGGAAAUUAGGUGAAGCUUUAACAGAAAAUGUGAGCAAUGUCGAGAACAGUUGGAGCCAGGAACAGCAGAAGGCUUUAGAGAGCGCUUUGACAAAGUAUCCUAAAAAUUCAACGCAGGAUAGGUGGGAGAAGAUUGCCAAAUGUGUUCAAGUAAAAAAUAAGGAGGAGUGCAUCCUGCGGUACAAGUACUUGGUGGAAUUGGUAAAGAAACAAAAUCAACCAAAAGAGGAAGAAAAUCAAGAGUCUGUGCAAGAAGCCAAUAAAAUAGAAUCAACUGAUACAUGA